CCCAAACCGCACACAGCUGAAGCAAACUUACUCACAUUAUUAGAUAAUAUUCCUCAACUCGUAGCUCGCUACAACUUUAGGACCAGAGUGAACAUUUGGAUAACGGGUGAUUUCUUUAGCUACCGCUCUCAGUCGGCCUGCGUCCCUCGCACAUCGCGCCGCCGCCUUUGAUGUGCUGAAGGCGUCGUUGAACGGUCACGCGGCGUCUGCACCUCAGCUGGGACACCGCGUGUCUCGCGAACCACGCCGGACCGAGGAGACAUGCUGACAGUGAGAUGCCUGCUGUUCACCACAUUCUGGACUCGGUUCUACGGUGUGUCUGGUGUUCCGGCAGAAUUGCAACCUUUUCCUGAGGAGAUUGUACAGCCGAAGAGACUUGUGCAGCAGACCAACUCUCAGGAUGAACUGUUCCACGGACACCUGGACACCCGGGUCAAAAACUACUCACGGCACUAUCAACCCAUCCAUUUGGCCCAGACCAGCCUCCUGGUUGAAACCUUUGGCAGGAGGUUCAUCCUUGACCUGGAACUGAAUCACAACCUUCUGGCCACUGGCUAUGUGGAGCGCCACUACAACAAGGAUGGGGAGCCCACCCAACGGAAGGGUGGAGAACACUGCUACUACCACGGGCAGGUUCGAGGACUGCCGGACUCUUGGGCUGCCCUGUCCACCUGCCACGGCGUGCGAGGGAUGUUUUCUGAUGGAAACUUUUCCUUUGGAAUUGAACCUGCAGCCACAGGAGAGGACGCAAACCAUCAUGUUGUGUACCGAAUGCCUGCGGUUGAACUCUCCACGCCUCCAUGUCCAGAGUGCGUCCAGCAGCAGACCAUCCAAGACAGUAGAGGGGAAGCAGAGCUGGAGGUUGGGAAGACUGGCUCAGGAGUCAGUUGGACUCAGGAGGAGAGACCUGCCAUUUCAGAAGAAUUGAAACGUUCAAAAAGACAAGUCCGUCGAGGCCAUCGCACAGUCCAGACGGAGACCAAGUACAUUGAGCUGAUGGUUGUAAACGACCAUGAACUUUUUGUCCAGCUCCGGCACUCAACCACUAAGACCAAGAACUUUGCCAAAGCAGUGGUGAACAUGGUAGAUGCGAUUUACAAGGACCAGCUCAACACUCGAAUCGUCCUGGUGGCCAUGGAGACCUGGUCAUCAGAGAACAGGAUCUCCGUUGGGGACGAUGCCCUCCUCACACUGCGGGACUUCAUGAAGUACAGAAGGGAGAGCAUCAAGGAGCGCUUUGACACCGUGCACCUGCUCUCUGGGAGGACGUUCAUGAACAACCGUGGUGAGGCUGCUUACAUAGGGGGCAUUUGUUCUUUCAGCAGGGGUGGUGGAGUCAAUGAGUAUGGUGGUGUUGGACCAAUGGCCAUUACCUUGAGUCAGAGUCUGGGACAGAACAUUGGCAUGCUCAAGAACCAGGAGAGAUCUUCGGCUGCUGGCUGCAGAUGCCCUGACCCGUGGCUGGGGUGUAUCAUGGAGGAUACCGGCUAUUACCUGCCCAGGAAGUUCUCCCGCUGCAGUAUUGACGAGUAUCUUCGCUUCCUCCAGCAAGGGAGUGGCAGCUGCCUCUUCAAUAAGCCCACACGACUGCUGGAUCCACCGGAGUGUGGGAAUGGAUAUGUGGAGCUGGGAGAGGAGUGUGACUGUGGAUCGCUCUUGGAGUGCGCCAAGGAUGGAGCUAAUUGCUGUAAGAAGUGUACACUGACCCACAAUGCAAUGUGCAGCAAUGGCCCAUGCUGCCGGGACUGCAGGUACGAGCUCAGAGGUGUGACCUGCCGUGAGGCUGUCAAUGACUGUGAUAUCCCUGAGACGUGUCCUGGUGAUUCAAGCCAGUGUCCUCGUAAUGUCCACAAGCUGGAUGGCUACACAUGUGAUGCUGGCCAGGGCCGCUGUUACGGAGGCCGUUGUAAGACCAGAGACGGACAGUGCCGAAAUCUGUGGGGAUAUGACUCUGCUGACAAAUCCUGCUAUGAAAAGCUGAACUCUGAAGGUUCUGACAAAGGAAACUGUGGUGUGGACAGCAGUGGACAGGGAUGGGUUCCAUGCUACAAACAAGAUGUUUUGUGUGGGUUACUGCUGUGCACCAACCUGACUGAGAAACCCAUGUUUGGUGAGCUUCUGGGGAAGCCCACUAGCCUAACUAUCCAUCACAACAACAGAUACAUGGACUGCAGAGCGGGUCAUGCUGUACUUGACGACGGUGUGGAUCUGGGAUAUGUGGAGGACGGGACACCGUGUGGGCCCAACAUGAUGUGUCUGGAACGGCGCUGCCUCUCUAUCAUAACUUUUAACCUCAGUAAAUGCUCAGGAUCCUCAUACUUGCAUGUCUGCUCACAUCAUGGGACCUGCAGCAAUGAGAUGAAGUGCAUCUGUGAUGCUGACUACACUGGGAAAGACUGCAGUGUGUUUGACCCCAUCCCUAUCCCCACCCCACCUGACAACCCAGAGAAGUACAGAGAUGAUCCAGUAGCAGUCAAUUCUGAUGCUAAACAUGACCAGCAGUGCUUGUCUCUACUAGCUAGGUAACUUCAGUACCCUUGCUUUAGCUAACAGGUCAUUGGUAUGAGCUCUGUAAUCUUCCCUGUACAUUAUUCUAACAGCCUUCUUCUGUAGCAGAAGCAGUUGUUUUGUGUUACUUUGGUAGGUGUUCCCUCACACCUCAACUCCGUAGAGCAAGUGUGCAAGUACAGUGCAGUGUUGUCAACGCUCUUUCAUUCAAGUUGUACUUUUAUUAGUUGUAUGACCUGUUACAAUGGGAGCCUUUCGUCCGUACUGAAACCAAGAAAUUAUGACAGACUGAAGAAACUGUGAGCAGCGAGUUUAAAAGCGGUUGGACCACAUCAAGCUUAAAAUCUAAAAGGGAACUGUCAAAAAUGCAUAAAAUACUGGGCCCAACUGUUAAAAUUUUACCUUUUGGGGGGAUCACAUCAAGUGCAGAGGUAGUUAUUUUCUUCCUGGUCAAAAUCUUAGCUAAAACAUGCAAGGUUGGUGAAUAAAACGAUGGAAAUCAGAGCUGACGCUGCAGCUGAUAUAAAAUGUAUGUGACAGUGUUGGCAACAGAAGUGCUAGAUUUUUCAAAGGGAAAGAUGCUGUUUAAAACCUGGAAUAAAACACAGGGGGUUGACUGAUUUGUUAAAAUGAGAUUGGAAAAAUGACAUCUUUUUUCUUCCUUAAAUGCCAUCUGCUAGUGGUUUAACCACUGUAUGUGGAUAUUGUAAGAUAACAUGCAGCUUCCUGGUUUACUAGAGUGAAGCCCAUUGGUUCAGCAAUAAUCAGUGUUUAUAGAUAGUAGAAAAGACAGAUGCAGAUAAUUGCAGAUUUUCUUGUUGAACAAACAGCCAUACAGAUGGAUGAAUGACUGAAUGAAUGAUUGAAUGAAUGUAUUUGUG